UAAACUAAUGAAACAAGGCAAUGUAAAUCUUAGACCGUCGUCUCCCGUCGAUAAGUACUUUCGAUAAAAUUCCCGUUUCAGACAGAGAGGCUCAGCGGCAGCAUCGAAGUAGCGUCUUCCCCGUUAAUGGCGUCCUGCAAGCGUCGUCAGCAAGCCGGGGACGAAGCCGAACCCGCCGCCGACGGUCCAUUCUCGCGGUGCGCGGAGCUGACUCCCUGGCUGACCCCGCGAGAGCUCGCCGCCGUCGCCCUGACCUCCGCCUCCCUCCGCCGCGCCUCCCGAUCCGUCACCCUCCGCCGCGCCUCCGACGCCGCCCGCGGCCUCGAGCCCCUCCCCGUCCCCUUCCUCAACGCCGUCGAGUCCCUUCCUUACGCCUACUUCCUCUACACCCCCUCCUCCCUGGUCCUCUCCCCGCCCGACGACGCCCUCCUUCGCCAGCCGUGGGGCUCGAACCGGACGCCCGCUCGACUGGCCGCGUUUCCCAGCCGCGAGGCGGUGGACGUGGUGGGCGGCGUGGUGCUGGGGUGCGAUUGCGACAGAUGCGAGGGGCGUGACUGCGCUUGCUGGGGAGGGGUGGUGAGCGAGUGCGGGCCGGGUUGCGGGUGCGGGCCGGAGUGCGGGAACCGGACGAGCCAGAGAGGUGUGGAGGUGAGGUUGAAGAUCGUGAGGGACGAGAAGAAAGGAUGGUGCUUGUUCGCCGAUCAGGCGAUCGAGAAGGGGCGAUUCGUAUGCGAGUAUGCAGGCGAAUUCUUGACAACAAAAGAGGCAAGGGUGCGACAAAAAGAAUAUGAUGAACUUGCACUGAGCCGAGGGUUCUCAUCUGCUAUUCUGGUGGUGAGGGAGCAUCUUCCCUCUGGAAAGGCCUGCUUGAGGAUAAACAUCGACGCCACGAAAGUGGGAAAUGUGGGGAGAUUCAUUAAUCAUUCUUGUGAUGGCGGUAACUUGUCCACGGUAUUAGUGAGGAGCACAGGUGCUCUGCUUCCUCGCCUCUGCUUCUUUGCUUCAAAAGACAUACGUGAAGGUGAAGAGUUGAGUUUUAGUUAUGGAGAGAUCAGGCUCAGGUCCAAUGGCUUACAGUGCUAUUGUGGGGCCUCUAAUUGUUUCGGAAUACUUCCUUCAGAACUUACUUAAAAUGCAAAUGCAAAAUUUUCACUUUGUUUAGCACCAUCACUUCACUCUCUAUUGCUUGAGUAUUAAAGCUACAUGCAUUCAUCUUCUAA